CACGAAGCUUCCUAGCAAUAACCGAGGCAUUGCUUAGGCACGUCCCAUUCCCAUCCUGAAGACACGCCCAUCCACACGCAUACACACCACGCUCCUCCAUGGCUCCAUCAACCACCACCUCACCGGCGCCUCGCUCUGCUCACAACCAUUACUCCUCCAUCAACCACCACCAAGCACCAGCAUGGCACUUGUGUAGCGGCCAGAAGAGAGGGAGAUGGUGGGCUUGGGCGUGGGCGUCGGGACGGGGGCGUUGGGCUCCGUCAUCGGCAAGCUCGCCACCUUGCUCGGCGACGAGUACACGAUGCUCAAGAGGGUACGCAAGGACAUCGCCUUCCUCAAGCGCGAGCUCCGCAGGAUGCAGAUCCUGGUGGACACGCUGGCGGACAUGGAAGAGCUCGACGAGCUGGCCAAGGACUGGAAGGGCAGCAUGCGCGACCUCAGCUACGACAUGGAGGAGUGCAUCGACCGCUUCAUGCUCCAUCUUGGGAACGGCGACGCCAGGCCCAGGUUCGUGAAGAGGACCGCUCGCGGGCUCAAGGCGUUGUUCGCGCGCCAUGGCAUCGGUACCCAGAUCAAGGAGAUCAAGGCCCGCGUUGAGGAGGAGAACCUACGGCGGCAGAGGCUAAAUCUCGACAAGUAUAUUGUAAGUCCAACAAGGACCGUGGCGAUAGAUCCCCGGUUAGCUGCGUUCCACGGGGUGGCCAAGGGCUUGGUGGCCAUUGACGGCCGCAGGGACCAGGUUAUCUCUUGGCUGCUGACGGAGGAGAGUGAGGAGCUGAAGGUGGUGGCUAUUGUUGGAGGUGGGGGUCUGGGAAAAACCACCCUCGCCAUGGAGACCUAUCGCAAGAUUGGAGGUAACUACCAGUACCGAGCUUCGGUGUCGGUGUUGCGCACCCCUGAUCUCGAGAAGCUCUUGAAAGAUGUCUUGUCUCAAAUUGAUGAAGCUGCAUUUAGUAAGUGUCAGUCGGAGAGGUGGGAGAAAGAUCAACUAAUCCGUCAGAUCCAGCGGAUCUUGACAGGAAAGAGGUACUUUCUUGUUAUUGAUGAUAUAUGGAAAGAACAUCACUGGGAGAUUCUAAGAGCAGCUUUUCCCGAAAAUAACAAUGGUAGUAGAAUAAUUGCUACUACACGCAUUACCAAGGUAGCUAAGUCAUGUUGUUCCAACUCCGGUGAUCAGCUCUACCAAAUGCCACCUCUGAAUGAUGUUGAUUCCCGAAGACUGUUCUUUAAGAUAAUUUUCCACUCGGAGAACUCCUGCCCUAUUCAACUACAAGAUGUUUCAGCUAGGAUCUUAAAAAAGUGUGGUGGUCUGCCAUUGGCUAUAAUUACCAUUGCAAGUUUGCUAUCCCAUAAACAUCAAAACCCAAAUGAAUGGGAGAGACUCCAUGAUUCCAUUGGUGCUGGUCUUUCAUAUGAGAGUGGCGGUGAUGGAAGAGAUAUGCGACAUAUAUUGUUACUUAGUUACUGGGAUCUUCCACAACACUUGAAGACUUGUCUGUUAUACUUAAGUAUAUAUCCUGAGGACGAGGAAAUCUUGUGUGAAGAAUUGAAAUGGAAAUGGAUAGCUGAAGGAUUCAUUGCAACAAAACGUGGAAAUUUGUAUCAAGAAGCGGAUAGUUGUUUCAAUGAACUUGUCAAUAGAAGCAUGGUCCAGAUAGUUGAUGAUGUUGACAGUUUUGAAGAGAAAUAUUGCCAGGUUCAUGAUAUGGUGCUUGACCUUAUUAUAUCUCUGUCAAAUGAAGAGAAUUUUGCCACUGUUUUAAACGGUGUCUCCAAUUGUUUGCCAAGCAAGAUCCGUCGGCUCUCCAUACAAUCUAGUGGGCUUGAACAGAAAGGGGCAAUCCAAGCCAUCACAAGAAGCAAGCUACAUGUUCGCUCACUAAAUGUGUUCGGAGAAAGAAAGCAGAUACCCCCACUUGUGGACUUUCAGUCUUUGCGCGUGCUUGAUAUAUGUGGGGACUAUUGGUCAUGGGAAAACAAGCAUAUAAGAAAUAUUGGAAGUUUCUAUCAACUGAGGUAUUUGAGAAUUAAGUCUGGAGGAAUGACAGAGCUUCCUGAAGAUAUCGGAAAGCUACAGAAUUUAGAGACUCUCGAUUUGCGGGACUCUGGAAUUAGAGAGCUGCCAUCAACUACAGCCCGACUACAGAAUUUGGUGCGCCUAUUUGUUUGCAAAUACUGUGUGUUGUCUGCAAAUAUGUUUGGGAGCAUGCGAGCCCUGGAGGAAGUGUAUAUUUGUAAAGUUGACAACCCUGAGAAAUUUUUGGAAGAGCUUGGACAUCUAACAAAAUUGAGAAAGAUCACCAUGAAUGGAUCAUGGACUGAAUGCUACAGAGAAAAACUGAGUUCAUCUCUAAAGGGGUUGGGCAAUGACAACAUUCAAUAUCUUUAUACUGGUGGAGAAACAGGAGAUUAUCUGUUCAGGGAUCCAUGCUGCACCAUUCCGCACCUCCAAAAUCUUAAACUAGCGUUCUGCAUGAAGAGGGUUCCCAAGGGAAUGGCCUCCCUAACCAACAUCCUCCAAUUAGACAUAGCAGUCACACUAUUUGAUGAGGAAGGUCUCCAUAUUCUUAUGGGUAUGCCUUCUCUGGCCAAUCUCCAGCUAGAAGUAUGGGAUCAGUCGGCUGGCGUCUUGACUGUAGGUAGUAACGGAUUCAAGCUGCUAGAGCUGUUCCACUACACAAUUAGGGCACCCAAAACAGCGGGUAUAAAAUUUGCAACAGAUGCUAUGCCAGCACUCCGAUGGCUCUAUCUUUGCUGGAGAGCCUAUCCUGUCGCGUUCUGGAAUAGUGACGUUGCUGACAUGGGUUUCGAGCAUCUUUCAAGCCUUGCUGACCUCCGGGUCGAAAUUGAUUGUUAUCAUGCAACUCUGGAGGAGGUGGAGACUGUGCAAGGUUUCGUUGAAAAAGCAAUCGCUUUGCAUCCCAACCGUCACAAUCUUCAGCUCCGUCUCCGUAGAGUAUGUGAAGAUUUCAUUAUAGCUAAUGAGGAGAGAGAAAAGGAGGAGGAAAGGCGAAGGAGAGCAGGUGACGGAUUGUAAGAGCAAGAAGAGCAAGUGAUGUGAGCUACACGUUUGUUUCUCCAACUCUGUGAUCAGCCACCGUAUUUAUGUAUUGCCAUGUGUUGUUGUAGCUUGAACCUUUUGUUACAUUGUGUGUUUGUAUGUAAUAGGGUAAGUUUGGUGCAUCAGGUUUUUCGUCCCAUAGUUUGUAUUUGAGUACGAGUGCAGACAGUGGGUUUUCCUGAUGCGCAUCGAAACCAUAAUCUACUUUCUUCUUCUGUUCGCGGGCUUGUUGUUGUUUCCCUUUUUCAAGUUUCUCUUGCCUGUAUCUGGAUGAUUUGAACUAUUUAUUCGAAUCUUAUAAGCUACUGUAUUUGGAAAAGGCAGGGUUUUUUUGUU